AAGCUAAACCUACAGCAGCAGCAUUCACAGGCAGCGGACUGAUUACAAUCAGCCCGGACCGGGUCGACCUGACAGAAGCAGAGCAGACACACUCACAUACUGGACCCCCCCCCGGUUGGCAAACGAAACGUUAUUUUUAAAAUAUAUUUUUGACAACUCACACAGCACCGUUAGCAGGCUAAGCUAGCAGGAAGAGCUACAACUCCUGCUCCCCGCUGAGGACCACCCACCGCAGGCUGCUGGACGUGAUGGAUCCAGCUCUGUGAACUGCUCUGAUGUGUGGACUUCUAAAUCCAUUCAGCGCCUGGUUGAGACGGCUUUCAAGCUGCUCUGGAGGACCACACCAUCACUGUGACAUCAACAUCCAACAGACCUGCAGCUGAUUGGGCUGAACAGGUGUAUGUCGGCCUGAUCGUAGCAGACGCCCCCUGAGAAGCCUCCUCUGCUACCAUGCCUCUGGGUCUGGGAAGAAGGAAGAAGGCUUCCCCGUUGGUCGAGAACGAGGAAGCGGAGCCGAUCCGCGCAGGUCUCAAUGUGCCAGGUAUGGAUGGCCGAGAUGGAGGUGUCGUUGGGCUGGGAGAAGGCGCCCUCUCUGAAGGUCUGCCUCCUCCACCCAGCGGCAUGCGACCUCGGCUCAUCUUCCACACUCAGCUCGCCCACGGCAGCCCCACAGGCCGCAUAGAGGGCUUCAGUAAUGUGAGGGAGCUCUAUGCCAAGAUCGGCGAGGCCUUUGGGAUCCCGCCGUCUGAGGUUAUGUUUUGCACACUGAACACUCACAAGGUGGACAUGGAUAAACUGUUGGGAGGUCAAAUUGGGCUGGAGGACUUUAUUUUUGCCCACAUUAAAGGACAGCGGAAGGAAAUCGAGGUGUAUAAAGGAGAGGACGCACUAGGGUUGACGAUCACCGAUAACGGAGCUGGCUACGCUUUCAUCAAGAGAAUCCGCGAAGGGAGCGUUGUUCACCAGAUCCAGGUCAUCAAUGUGGGCGAUAUGAUCGAGUCGAUCAACGGCCAUUGUCUGAUUGGGUGUCGACACUAUGAGGUGGCCAAGAUGCUGAAGGAGCUGCCCAAAGGGAAGGAGUUCACCAUCAAGCUGGUGGAGCCCCUCAAGGCCUUUGAUAUGAUCAGCCAGCGGUCCGGAGGGUCCAGGUCAGCAUCAGGGGUUCAGCUGGGGACCGGCAGAGGAACUCUGCGGCUGCGCUCUAAAGGUCCUGCCACAGUGGAGGAACUGCCCUCUGCGUUUGAGGAAAAGGCCAUUGAGAAGGUGGAUGACCUGCUUGAGAGCUACAUGGGCAUCAGAGACAGCGAGCUGGCGGCCACCAUGGUGGAGCUGGGAAAGGACAAAAAGAACCCUGAUGAGUUUGCAGAGGCUUUAGAUCAAACCCUCGGGGACUUUGCCUUCCCAGACGAAUUUGUUUUUGAUGUCUGGGGCGCCAUCGGCGAUGCUAAGGUUGGGCGAGUGUAACCACUGACACUGUCUGACCAGGACAACCUGUGUGUGUCACACGCAACCUUCAGCACUACUAGAAAACACAACACUACUGUCCUGAGUUUGUUUUUAUUCCACUGUAUACUCCGACUAUUUUUGAUUUCGAGUGCAACUUUUUGGGAGCCUCUGCCUAGACAAAGAGGACAAUGGCAGUCAUCUGGAGAAGAAGAUGACCGAUGACUUCCAAAGUGCUUUUAUUUGUCUUCCGGCUUUUUCCAGAAACGACAAGCACGCUGAAGAGCUUUCCCUUUGAGCCCAUCACACGAGCCUGCAUGUCAUUGUUGUAGUUGGCAGUGGAACAAGUGGAGCACACGUCUCUGAUGUGGCAGGAAGGAGAGACGACACAAAGUAAAUCUUCAAAGAUUUAGCACUGCUCUGUAAAACGACAGAUGUGAACAGAGAUCGCGCUGCAGCUGAGUGGCGAGUGGCACACCGACUGCACAGUACGAGGCGUCGGCCUCCCCGGGGCACCACGCGCCGUUCCUGUUCUGGAUCAGUUUUACAAGCAUGUGCUGUUAUAUUAUUAUCUUCAUCAUGAAUUAUGCUGGUUUAAUGUCUCUUUUUUUGUGUGCAAAAGAAACUAAUUGUAGUUGCAAAAGUCAUCGUAACAUGUCGCUCGCUGACUGAAAGGUCAGGGGUGUUCAGUCACCUUCAAGACACUCCAGGCUGGAAGGAAGCCAACUUCUAAUUGGACUGUCAGGGGAAAUCAGUGUUAAUUGAUCUUUUUUGACGGUAAGAUGAGGAGCAGGGUGGUUCUAGGUGUGUGGGUUGUUAUGACUUAUUAUUUUUAUAGCUCGUCUUUUUUUUUUAUUUAAGGUGAUGUGAAGUCUAUUUUAAAACAGGGUUUGUGUCAUGGAUGAAUAAUUUGAUCUUGUGUUGCAACAACUUUAUUUUGAAGCAUUAAAACAAGCAGUAUUAUAGAGGAGAAAGUCAUGGGACGUCAAGUUACAAACAAAAUGCAUUCAUUUCUUCUCAUUGUCAUGCAUUUUAUUGAUUUUUGUUUGAAGUCUGAACUCUGGUGCACGGUGCUGCAACGUAAAGUAUCCUGUCACCGGAGCAGAAUAACACCAAACUACUUCAGUGUUGCUCGAAGAGGGAAAACAGGCAACGCUUCAGCCACCACUCGGCGUAGGGAAACACGUCACAUGUCUUUAAAGUGUUUUGGUUUUAACCUUUUCAGUAUAUCCACAUGUAUGAAGCUAUUUUGUAGUUUUGUUUCAUUCUUCAGGUGAUAGAUAUCUAAAUGUAAUGAAACUGAUGCUAAAACACUGUAACACUAAGAAGAACACGUUAUUUUGAUGGCUUUGUAUUGCACUGUUGUUAAGUUACAAUUAUAAUGCAAUAAUAACAUUGA